UGGUAGGUACUGUUACCCAAGGUAGAAAAAAAAAAUAGUCCAUUAAAGUUUCUUUUUGUUUUGUAGAAUUUAUAGAAUAUAGUAAAGUAAUAAGUUAGUCGGUCACAUCAGUGCUGAAUUAUAGUUGACAGUCUUAGUUGUUUUCAAGACUCCUGACAGCCUUGUCAGGAUGUUGGACUGGCUUUGUUUUGCACUUCUUCAAACAGUAAUUGGUAAAUCAUUUUGAUAAAAGAAAUUUUGAAAAAAAAAAAAAAAAAGGCGAUAUCAUGGGACUUUCAGAGGCCCCAUUGUCCCCCGCCUGUCCAUGAAGUCUGAAAAUGCUCGCCAGCUUGCUCCGAGCGACAUCCGGCUCAUUCAUAUUAACAGUCAUCACGAGAAGGCAGUACGGCCAGUUUUUCCGUUGUAACAUGCACGGUAAAAUUGGCCGAAGGGAGCAGGCUAUUGUCGAAGAGCUGCGACAGAUCUUUGCAGCUCAGUUCUCAAACAUCGUACUCCAAGAGAUUCGAAAGGUGGAAGAACUGCACAAAACACCAAUACCUGCAGGAAUUUACUUUUAGGCUAUAAUACAAAUUACCAUUAGAAGAACAUAAACAUAAAACUCGGCAAUUCUAUGAAAAAGUACAAUUAUCCAAAAGAAAAAGAAAGAAAAACAUUGUGCUAGAAUUGCAAACAAUGACACCCAAAAGGUCGGAGAAGGAGAAAAAGCAACGGAGACAACAGAAACGAGAAAGAUUGCGAAAAAGGUCUAAGAGAAAAAAACGAAGGAUAAUCAUGUUCGAAAGGAAAUGGGAAAGCCAAUUCCACCGUUCGAACAGACCUUUCGCAACGGAAAGAAGACCGAAUGAGACCUAUACCAACAAAAAUAAAAUUACACCAGGGGAGCAAAAGUUCACUGUGAUGAGUUACAACGUCCUUGCUCAAGAUUUAAUCGAGAAUCACAGGGGUCUUUAUCCGACUCAAGACCCUGAGGACUUGAAGUGGGAAAACAGAAAGAAAAAGCUAAUAGGCGAAAUUAAAACUCAAAACCCAGAUAUUCUAGCAAUGCAAGAGGUCCAGCAAUCGCACAUACCGUUGUUUUACAAUGACUUAGAGAAAAUUGGUUACAAGGGAGUUUUUAAACGGCGGACAGAAAAUAACACCGAUGGUGUCGCUGUUUAUUAUAAGACUGAUGUUUUUGAUUUGGUCUUUUGGACUUCUGUUGAAUAUUAUCAACCUGGCAUAGAAUAUCUGAACAGGCCAAAUGUUGGCUUGAUCGUGAGGCUGAAACUCAGGCAAGGCAAUGGUGAAUUGUUUUUAGCCAACACUCACCUUCUUUACAAUCCGAAACGGUGGAAAGUACGCUUGGCGCAGACGCAAAUUUUACUCACCGAACUCCACAGGAUCAUCAAGAUGGCGAAAACAUCAUCACCCGCUCUUCUUUUAAUGGGAGACCUCAAUUCAAGGCCGGGAUCGCCUGUUGUACGCUUUUUGGAAUCUGGUUUCGUCCGCGUCUACGACCAGCUGCUUCCACUCAGCCUAGGCAUUCUCAACAACUGCACACACUUGGGAGAAAGUAAGUUGUAUAACAGUGACUAUACGUUUCACCAAAAAACAAACGAACAACCAAAUUGUCGUGCCUCACCUUCGUUUGUCAAAAAAUUCGACCAGUGCCCUGGGGAGGCCCUUCACAAAAACGCAAUGCUAGAAGCGGGAGUGUUAAGUCAUAAUUUUAACUUUUCCUCUGUCUACAAUCUCACAGAGGAUGAGAAAUAUGGAACUGCCACGACACACCAUGAUAAAUGGGUUACAGUUGAUUACAUGUUCUACUCAAAUCUCAGACUUUUGUCGAGGCUCCGACUACCGACAGUAGACGAAUGUAAGAAUUUUGUCCAACCAAUGCCUAAUCGCAUUUCUCCAUCAGACCAUUUCCCGCUUCUUGCGACAUUCUCAAUGCUGUGAUUUUAAUACAAUGAUUAUUAUAUUGUACAAAAUAGUUAAGAAUGUUGUUUUUUAAAAUAUGAUUUUAUCCUUAUAUUUGUAAAGUGGAAAUGAAUGCUCAAAAGAAGCAUUUUAUACAGUGUAUUUCUGUACAUACCUUAGUCUUUUUUUCUAGAUGAGUUUUCUUUGACUUUUACAAUAUAUUCUGUAAAUUUUUUUGACAGACUUUA